CUUGUUGUCUUAUAACACAUAUUGCUGUAUAUUUUUUUCCUUGAUAUAUAAUAAUUACUAUUUAAAUGGUUUAGGGUCAUAUUCAGUUAGUUAAUAGUGAUCUUGAUUACACACACUAUUGUAAGAUUCAUUGAAAAAAAUCAUAUUUUCUGAAAAAUAAAUUAAUUUACAGAUCAAUAAUUAUUAGUAGUUAGACGGAUACUUUUAAAUCGAUCAAUCAAAUUUUCUUGAUAAUCAGCUUAAUUUCAGUUUUUCUUCGAAUUCAAUACCGUGGUAAAUAAAUAUCAUCAGUAUGUGGUCGUGGGGAUUGUCAAGUUUUUGAUUGAGAUUAUGAAUCAGUCUAGUCAUGUUCUCUACAAACUUGAGAUCUAUCAUUUAUAGAAUUCAUGAUUAUCCCCAAAGCAUGUUGAUAAAUAUCACUUUCAUAGGAGGAGUCAGUAUGGCAAUCACAUUAUUAAGUUGUCUUGGAAGCAAAAAUGUUUCGAUAUAUUAAUGUUUUUUUUUCUUGAAUCGAAUUAACUCCAAGUGCUUGUUUCUGUUAUAGAAUAGUCAUCAAGUACUUCUUCUUUGAAUAGCAUUUCAUUGAACCGUUUAUCUAUGAUCAACAGAAAUGAAUUAUAACGUUUAUGCAAGCCAGAAGUAAAAAAGACUAUAUUUAACCAUGAUCUUGGUAAAACAGCUAACAUAAAUGGUAAAUUCUCCUCUAUAUUACUCAUUAAUCAAAGCAGAUAUCUAUUUGUAAUUUUAUAAAUGAUAUUAAUUUUCUUUAAUUAUUUAGUCGCUUUGGAACAAAAUGUGCAGGUUGUGAUAAAGGUAUUCCACCAAUGGAAGUUGUUCGGACAGCUCAAGAAAAUGUAUAUCACUUAGAUUGUUUUUCAUGUGUCAGCUGUGCUCGUAUGUUAAAUACAGGCGAUGAAUUCUAUCUAUUACGUGAUCGAAAACUAAUGUGCAAGUCAGAUUUUGAAACUGCUAAAGCUCGAGGUAAAAAAUAUUUUUUGAUAAAAAUCUAAAAAUAAUAAAAUAAUUUCAGGUAAAAAUUUUUAAUAGUUGAGAUCAUGAGUCAAUCAAAGCUAGACCACCAUGGAAAACCUGGAAGCGAAUGCUCACUAGUGACUGGCUUCAAGAGGUAUUUCCUAGAGUUCUAGUGAGAAGCAGUGAGCAGUAGAGUUCAACCGGGUCUGUUGUGAGAUAGUAACUCACAAAAGAAAAUGGUGGGUUUGUCACUCAAUUUCGUCGAUUAGUUGAAGUUAGACAUUGAAACUGUUGGAUGGCAGCCGGAUCAGUGGUCUAGUGGUUAAGCGUUCGCGGGCGAGACUAAUAGAUCCUGGGUUCGGAUCUCGUGAGGCGGGACUGUGGAUACACACUGCUGAGGAAUCCCACAAUAGAACGAAACGGCCAUCCAGUGCUUCCAGGUUUUCCAUGGUGGUCUAGCUUCAACUGACUCAUGAUCUAAACUAUUUAAAUUAACAUAAUAUUCCAAAAAAACCUGAUAAAAAAAUUUUGUAGUAAUUUAUCUAUAUGAAGAUACUUCUAAUGGUUUGUUACCAUGAUACUCGUGGACAGUUAGGUAAUUAGGUUUACACUUUUAAAAAAGUCAGAUUACAUCCAUGUUGUGGAUUUCUAAUUUCUUAUACUGUCAGAAAAGUUGAUUUGACCAUAUGUUCUUCGUUCAGUCUUAAUCCGGUAUUUUUAUGUUUCAUCAUCCCAUACUAGGAUGAAAUGGCCGUCCAGUGCUUCCAGGUAUUCCAAGGUGGUCUAGCUUCAAUUGACCCAUGAAUUCAACUAUUAAAUUAUAUUAUUUUCUUGAUAAAUUUACACCCUUCUGAAUCAUGGAUAACGUCAUGUAUUAAAUAUGGGGGUAUGGUAUUUGAGAUUAACUUCUGGGAUGGUGGAGAGAAUUCGUAGCUCAGGUGAAUGAUUUUGCUGGAGUUUUAUUCUUUGGGCUGGAUGGUUUGGUCUUAGAGCUUUCAUCGUUCUUCUGAACGACAUCAUCAGCACAAACUUCAGAUAGAAGGCCAAACCAUCCAUCUCAGAGAACGAAAUUCCAUGGAGAUUAACUUUUACCAAACUUGUGAAUUGUAUUUAGAGGAAAUGCAAUGACUUUAUUGUAAUAUUUAAAAAUGUGCUUAUGUAUCUAUAUUACCAUUUGAUCCCUUUGAAUUAUAAAUAUACUUAACUAAGUAAAUGUAUUAUGCUACAUCUAUAUUUUUUAGAAGCAGAAUUAGACAAUGCUAAUAAACGUCCUAGAACAACUAUUUCAGCUAAACAACUGGAAGCACUUAAAAGAGUUUAUGGUGAAAGUCCAAAACCGGUACGUCAUAUCAGAGAACAACUUAGUGAAGAGACUGGUUUAGAUAUGCGUGUAGUACAAGUAUGGUUUCAAAAUCGUAGGGCAAAAGAGAAAAGAUUAAAAAAAGAUGCUGGAAGGAAUAUCUGGUCAAUUUCUGACUCUUUAUUAAUCAGUAGUGCAAAUACAAGUACUAAUAGUAAUACACCUGUUUGUAUGAAUGAACCAUACUUAUUUUCAACAUGUUCAAAUGAUUUAGAUAAAAGUUCUGCACCAUACUGCGGUGAUAAUUCAAUUAUACUAGAUGAUUCAACUAGUGGAGAUGAAUAUCUAUCUAAGGAUGAAUUUCAGGGUUCUGGUUCAAGUAAGUUUACUUUCACUUAUACUCAAGUUUUUGAAUUUAAGUGAUGAAAUAGUAGGAUAGAAGUAAAAUACCCUAGUAAUCCUAUCUAGUGUCUAGCUAUCUACAAUCUUCAACUGAUUUUAUUCUUAUCCAUCAAUAGGACACAGUUUAGAUAAUUAUUAGAAGUGUUUGUUACUCAAUGAGUGUUUUCAUUUAAUAAGGAAACAAUUUGAAGAUGUUAAGUAAUUCAUCAGCAGUAACUAUGUACAAAUGUUAUGUGUUUUCGAGAUUUAUAAGAUUAUCCUUGAUAAGUUCAAAAAGAUAUAGUAUAAUCAAAUGGUUCACUUUAUGAAACUGUCCCUGAAGAAACUUUUGAAGUAAUAAUGAAUUUCUAUCGCAUUCUUUCUUUUAACAUAAUCUGAUUUAUAAUAUGAUAUCUUCCUAUUCUUAUAGUUACAUUAAUUAUUGUCCGUAUGAUAGCAUAAUUCGAUCAUUUAAAAUAAAUUAACAAUUCAAUGACAAGGAAAUAAAAUAUCAUCAUUCUACAGUAUCGGUAGUUGAAGUUGAUAUCUAUUCGUUCGCACUGUUAUUUAUGCUGAGGAGUCCCACAAUAGAAUGAAACGGUCGUUCAGUGCUUCCAGGUUUUCCAUGGUAGUCUAGCUUCAAUUGACUCAUGAUCCCAACUAUUGAAAUUAAAAUUACCUUUUUUACACUUGUCAACUUGAAAAAAAUGUGGGUUUUUGACAGAAAGGUUAAUUAUUCUUUACAUCUUUACUAAUAUUCUAAAGCUAGUUUAGUAAAUGUAGCAUCGUAAUCUCUGCUAAGAUAAGAAUGAAUUCUACUCUUUUUAUAACUUUGGUGUGCGCUACUUAAGUAGUAUAUAACGCUAGUCAGGAAUAGAAUGUUUGGAAGCAGAAGGUUAAGAAGAUCGAAGAAAAUAUAACGAGAACAGAGAAUGAUUGAUGUGGAAACGAAAGAAUAACAGAGUCUGAGACGAUUGACUGAUAUUUUUAAAAUGAAGUAUUUACUGUAUGGUUCUCAUAUUUUACUAAGAAAUUCGGUAAUUUUGUGUUCAAAUACAUUCGAUUGUCCCCACUUGUAUUCUCGUUCACUACAUAACUACACUAAAUCAGUAACAGAUGGUUUCAAUCGAAGAUUUAUUAGUUUCAAGUGAGCUCUUAGAAAAGUAACAGAGAUAAAGUUUUAUUGGAUAGAUUUUAUGAUCCAAUAUUAGAUUACAAAUGUUUCAGUUGGUUUAUGAAAUAUUUUUAAUAUAGGGGUUAUAGGUUUACGAAUUCACAGAAUCAAUGGCUUCCAAUUCAAACACUCCAUAUUUGUAAUCUUUUUGCAAACUACUAAGUAGUUAGCUUUUGGAGAUAUUUAUAACAAUUGGACUAAGUUAAUAUUCGAAAAGUAACUUAUGAUAACAAUUUUCAGUAAAAACUCUAGUGGUAUUUAGAUGCGGAGUUCUUGAUUCCGAUGAGUGUUACUUCGGUAGCCUCUACUGUUUGACUUGAUUCUUCCCUUAUUUUGAUAUAAAAUGGUGUCAGAUUGAAAAUACUCGUUAAUGUGUCACUACCAGUGACACAAACACCAGAAUUUAGGAAUUACCAUGAAGAUGUUCUCUGUUUCUUUUAAGAUAACAGAUAUAAUCCAUGUUGAGACUUUCUCUGGAGUAAGAAAAAGAACUUUCAAUCUAUCAAGUAUUCCUAAAACUAUUUUUUCGUAAUUCUUUACUUACAUUUUGCUCAUGUUUCAUAAUAUAAAAAUGUAAAUUUCCAUCCCCAGGUGAUACAGACAGCAACUGUUCAGAGGAACCUGAAGAUUUGAAUCAGUCUUUAAAUUUUUCUGUUGUAUGCGAUCCUACACAUUCGAAGCAUACUACAGAUAUACCAACCACUGAAAAGUUAUCAUUAAAUAAAGAUGAAUUCCUAACUCAUGACAAUAAAUCUGCAAUUUUUCAGGCAUUUUCAAAGUCUGCCUUAUACGAGAACCAUUCAGUUCACGAUUUAGUUUCAACAAAAGCAGAACAAGUACAUGAUGUAAAGUUCCAUGGUUCUACUCAAACAUGGUUAUCUACUCCACGGCCUUUUCAAAAUCAAGGCUUUUCAGUUGACAAUCGGUCGUUCAAACCAGAUAAUGAUAAUAUUAUCUUAAAACACAGUACAGAAAAUAUCAGUGUUUUAAAUGAAUCAGACAAUAAAAAUCAUAGCAUUUUACGUUUUGCAUCAAAUCCAUUUGUUUCAAGUAGUAUUAGCUUGAAUAAGCAAGUUGUAUCUAACAGUGAAUUGUCAACAAAAGAAACAUAUUUACAGCCUGUUGACUUCUAUCCUUAUUGUCUAAAUGCAAGCAGUCUUUCACAAUAUGGUAUUCCACAAUCAAGUUCAUCAUAAAUAAUCCUGCUUAAAAAUUAACCCAAUAAUAAUGGUAUACCACCACACAAAAUGAUGUGAUUCAUACGAUCCUUUUGUAGCUAUCAGAAUAUAUUACGGCAAACAUUUUGCUUAUCACUUACAAAACCAAUAACAGAUUAUGGACACAAAAAAUACAACAGUACUGAAAAUCUUUUUUUUCAGUAAUAUUUAACAAAAUGAAAUUCAUUAUCUGAAUUCAGAAUUUUUGGCAUAUUCACGAUGUAUUUCACUCAUCUUUGUGUUAACAUCUAUGCUACUUGUCUCUAAACAAUAUUUCAUUUUGUUGGGCAAUAUUAUUCAAUUUGUUCUUAUGUAUAAGUAUUGCUUUUAAAGAAAGACUACCCAGUUAGUUCAUCAUGUAUCUACAUCAGUUUAGAUUAUUAUUAUUUAAUUUGGAUUUAAUAACUAAACACCACUUGUAAAAUUGUUUUACAAUGAAUUCAAAUUAUGAAUAAGACACUUUCAUUUCAAUUUAAUCCUUCUAAAAAGUAUGAGAUAAGGUUCACACUUAAAAUUCAGUUAACUUUACCUAUUCAAUUUUUUAUUUGUAUUUUAAAGUAAUUUAUUAGAACUUUCUUAUUAUUGUAUCUCUAAAGUCAAUUGUGUCUACUAAUUGAUAAGUUAACAAUAAGAUGGUUAUCUUUUGGAGAUGAAAAAAACAAACAUUUAAAGUGAACAGAAUCGCAUUAGUUACAAGAUUACAUAAUUUUUUUUCUAAUAGAAUUUGUAUGGUUUGACUGUUAACUACCAUUCGAUUGACAUUAAUUUAUGAUUAAUUCUAUUUUCAUGUCAUACGGUUCUCAAUAAUAAUAAAAUUCUAUCCCUCGAACUAGUCAAGUUUGUUUUAUUUUUUUUGGGGGUGGGGUGGAUCUUUAAUGCCUUAUUUUCAUUUACCACUAAGAAUCCCACAAUGUUGAUUAUGUUUAUCAUUCAAAUGUUAUAGAUACUCUAGUAAGUAACUAGGGUGAAAAUCAUCCCUUUAAUAAAACCGUGAUUAAAGUGCACAAAUGAUAAAAGUGACUUCUUUGUUGGAUGUUUCAAGAUAAGAGACUUUCUAUGGUUUAAAAGGGAAAUUAGGAAUCAUGAGAAUUAUGGACACAAACUUAUAUGAAAUAUUUAUUGGGAUGAAGUGUAGUGCACUAAAAAGCUUUUUUUUAUAGUAAAUUUUGACGAUCAGAUUACAUAUAAAUGGUUUGCCAGUGAUAUAAUUCAUACAAUCAUUAGUAUAGUGUUGUAGAGAUUAUUAAGUUCUUAGUUGAGAUCAUGAACCGAUUGAUGUUAGACUACCAUUGAAAACCUGGAAGCACUGAACAGCCGUUUCGUCCUAUUAUGAGAUUCCUCAGCAGUGCGCAUACAUGAUCCCGCACGCAGGAUUCGAACACGUAACCUUUGAUCACGCGCGCGAACACUUAAUCUCUAGACCACUGAGUCGGCAUCCAACGUUGUUAAUGUCUAACCUCAACCAAUCCACGAAAUUGCACGACCAUCUUCCAUUGUACCAAGGUAGAUACCUGUCCCUACCUGACUUGGUUUAACACCAUUGGAUGCCGACUUGCUGGUCUAGAGGUUGAGUGUUUGAUUAUCAAUCUUAUAGUUUCAUUCAACCUGUAAACCUAUUUAAGUAACCACCGUAAGACUAGUCAUUUCAGCACUAACAAUUUUAUACUAUGUUACCAACAUUCUUAAAUUUAAACGUUCUAAUUAUAAAAGAUGUAUUUGGCUAAGAAUUGACUAAGUUAUUGAAAAUAAUAUCCUUUGUUCAUAAUUCUGCUUCCUUUUUUUAGACUUCCCAUGUUGAAUAGAAAUGCAUGAAUAAUUUAUCAGUCUCACUGUAAUAGAAAGCAAGAACAUAUAUACAAUAAUGUAAAGGCCUAUUUGAUUAAAAGUUUAUAAAUCAUAAGAGUUCAACUGAAUAUUCCUUACUCAGAAUUAAACAAACAGCAGUAAUUCACAAUGUUCAAUGAAAAUUUAAAGUUUGAAACUAAGAAACAAUUACAUAACUCUAUGGAUUAUAAUUUACAAUAAUCUGGUACACUAACAUUAUGCUUAAAAUAUAAGUGACUGAAGAAAACAUACUCCGUAAAUAAAUAAAAAAACGACUCAUCCGAACCACUUAACAUUUAACUUAAUGGCAUGAUCAUUUGAUUGAAAAUAAGAUAUUAGUAACUUGAUACUCUCCUUACCAUAUCAAGAACUAUACGGAUAAAUUUCAAAGCAAACCUACAAAAUUUAAUAGUUUU